AUGGAAGUCGACACUGAUCAAGAGCCAAGGGUCACCAUCAGACAGACAGAGAGGGAUCACGUGGACUUCAUCUUGAAAGGGGUGGAUCUCUCGGUGGCCAACUCGUUGAGAAGAACCAUGUUAGCUGAAGUUCCCACGCUAGCUAUCGACAUCGUCGAAAUCGAUGUCAACACAUCGGUUCUAGCAGAUGAGUUCUUGACACAUAGAUUGGGGUUGAUUCCGCUUGUUUCUGAAGGGAUCGAAAAUUUGUCAUACUCCAGAGACUGUACGUGUAAUCAGUACUGUCCCAACUGCUCAGUCAAGCUCGAGCUCACAGCAAAAUGUGACAGUGACUCCACAAUGAAUGUCUACGCAUCAGACUUGGCAAAAUUCCACAACGGCUCAAAACUAGGCGAUCCGGUCAUCAGGGAUGCCGCGGGAAGAGGUCCUCUUCUCUGUAAAUUAAGAAAGCAUCAAGAACUUCGUCUUACAUGUAUUGCAAAAAAAGGGAUUGCUAAGGAACACGCCAAAUGGUCUCCCUGUGCUGCUAUAGGCUUUGAAUACGAUCCUUGGAAUAAGUUGAAGCACACAGACUACUGGUACGAGGAAGAUGCUGAUGCUGAGUGGCCACGACUGGCCAACUGCGAAUGGGAAGAAGCCCCUGACCCUGAUGCUCCCUUCGACUACAAAGCUAAGCCUUCUAACUUUUAUGUUGACGUUGAAACGGUCGGAAACUUGCCUCCUAAUGAAGUGGUGGUGAGAAGCAUAGAGGUGUUGCAGUUGAAGCUAGCUGGCAUUGCAGUAGAGCUUAAUAAGGAUACUGUCGAGGCAAACAGUGCUUCUGCGGGGGGAUUUACUACAUAUGGCCGUUCUCCUGGUGGUGGUGCUGGCAACUCUCCUGCAAAUGGGUAUGCUUACGGCGAAGGCUUCGGCAGUCUGGGUUGGUAA